AGUAUCAAAUUCCCUAUCAGUAGCUUUACAUCAGGAUAGUCAGUCUUUUUUCACUCCCGCCGGAAUAACACUUUUAGAUCGAGUUAAAACAUGAGAACAUGAAGAAUAUUAAAGGACGUUACCUUUUUGCAAUCGCAAUCGUUGUGAUACUACUUGUUGGUGUUUCGAUUGCUGUUGGCUAUGUUAUUGGACGUGCUGUUUAUAGAAGAAACGAGCUUGUUGAGAAAACUGCCAGCACCUCAUCGAAAGUGACUUCGGAAACAGAGAAGCAGCUUCUCCACAAAGAAGCAGUAGAGCAAGUGUCAUCCUCUAACCUAAGAGAAUCCUUGAGAUAUUUUACCAGUAUACCUCACACUCCUGGUUCUAAAGAAACAUAUGAUCAAGCCUUGCACAUCAAGAAUAAAUGGUUAGAAUAUGGGUUCGACAAUGUGGAGCUCAAGAAGUAUCAGGUUCUUCUAUCUUUUCCGGAAAAGGCUGGAGUGGUGGCCAUAAAUGCAGAAAAUGGCACUGAACUCUACAAAACCUUACCCCCAGAUGUUAACAACGAUCCGGCUUAUAACGACUCCAGGGUAUUCCCACCAUUCAGUGCCUAUUCUCCCGCUGGGAGUGUUAAGGGGAAAUUACUAUUUGUUAAUUACGCAAGAGUUAGUGAUUUCGCACGUCUUGCUAAACACAAUAUCAGCUGUAAGGACAAGAUUUUGAUCGCGCGGUUUGGAAAAACAUCUAGAGUCUUCAAGCAUGGGCGAGCCCACAAAGCUGGAGCAAAGGGCCUUAUAAUUUAUAUGGAUCCUCAAAAUUAUGCUAAACAAGGCAUAGACAAGGUAUACCCGGAGUAUAAUUGGCUACCUAACAAUGCUGUCCAAAGAGGCACUCUCAAGUAUUCGAGCGUUAGAGGUGACCCAUUAACACCAGGCUAUCCAGCUGUAGAUGGAAUUUAUCGUCUUCCUCUUGAUGAAGCAAAGAAGGGUUUACCCCAAAUUCCAGUCCACCCAAUGCCCUAUAAAGAUGCGGCUCCAUUACUAAGAAUGCUCACAGAAAAUGGUAGCAUAACUCUCAAAACCUGGCAAGGUGGACUCGGCUUUAAGUAUGGAGUUCAAAUGCAUCCAAAUGAUACAAGAGAGGUGACUCUUAACGUCAGUACGGUUCUACAACAAAAGGAUAUUUAUAACGUUAUUGGUACCAUAAGGGGAACAGUUGAACCCGAUCACCUUGUACUAGUUGGUAACCACAGAGACGCAUGGGUCUAUGGAGCUGCUGAUCCAUCCAGUGGGACAGCAGCCAUGAUGGAGACCUCUAGGGUGAUGAGCAAUUUGAUCAAAAAAGGAUGGAAACCGCGAAGAUCAAUCGUGUUCUGCAGCUGGGGAGCAGAGGAACCGCAAUUAAUGGGUUCAUCGGAAUGGUUGGAGGAUUAUGCCAAGCUCCUAUAUCGCCGCGUGGUUGCCUAUCUAAAUGUAGAUAUGUCUGUAGAUGGAAACUAUUCAUUCAGGGCAAAGUCAAUGCCUUUAAUGGCCUAUGCUCUAUUUGAUGCGGCUAAGAAGGUUCCCAGUCCAUACGGAAACGAGACCGUAUUUGAUGAAUGGAGACGCAAACUUCCGAACUACAACAAGAAACUACCGAUACUACAGUCUAUUCGCGCUGGCAGCGACUACGCUGUUUUCUAUCAACGUCUUGGCAUUCCAUGUGUCGACAUACGGUAUACUUAUGACAGAGAGACAAGUGGUAAUCCCCUGUACCAUACUAUUUAUGACAACUUUAAAAUGAUGUCCACUCUAAUAGACCCUCAAUUCAAAUACCAUCAAGUGACCACGCGGGUGUGGACGCAAUUAGCUUUCAACUUCGCCGACUCUAUCGUGGUGCCGCUAAACGUUACGAACUAUGCCAGCAGGUUAUCUUACUACACAAGAGUGUUUGAAAAGAAAUACAAACUCAAAAUGGCAGCAAAUGGUGUUACAAUGGAGUAUGUACAUUCAGCCAUCACUAACUUCACAAUUGCCGCUAAGAAAUUCAAAAAGGUGACCGAGGAAGUGGACAAAAAUGACAAUCUGGCAGUGUCAAGAAUCAACGAAAGGUUGAUUGCUCUAGAAAAAGCAUUCAUUGACCAAAAUACCAUCAUCCCUGAGAAACCUCUCCAGAGACACGUGAUACUGACGCCUAGUAUCAACGUGUAUUCAAGUUGGUACGGGGGUAUUGCAGAAGCUAUGUACCGCGCGGAUCAGAAAACUUCUACUUGGGAAAGCGUAAAGGAGCAGAUUUCUGUAGUAGUGUACGCUAUUCGAUCCGCCACUCAUAUCUUGAAUAUGUCACCCAUAUAGAACAGUUUUUGAACCACGUACUGGGAACUAAAAGUCUGCAGCUGUAACUUUCAUGUACACUUUCCCAUUUACUUAUAAUUACAGCUGCAAAGCUUCAGGCACUAUUUAGGGGAUUAUAUUCAGCUGCCUUCAUGUCGGGUCUGUUUGUCUUUUUUUCUAGUUAAUCUGGCAUGUUGUGUCCAAUUUCAUAAGAUCCCCAUUGCAUGAUUACCAAAAAACUGAUAUUGACUUACUUAAAAAUAAAACCAGAAGAAGGCAAGUAAUGGCUUGCCAAAAUAUC